GGACAGAGGCCGUCAUGGGGGGUUAAAGCGUCGGUAAAAAUAGCCAUUCAGCAAAUAAUUUUUAAAGUGGAAAUAGGUCUUCUAGCCAAGUAGCGUCGAGCAAACAAAUGUGGUGGACCGGUCGAGUGUGUGCAAAUGUGUGCGGCGCAUGGUAGUCCCCCGUAGAACUAAUUAAACAGCCGCAGAAAAGUCUCGGAAAAGAUUUGACGGACGGCCACGGGCAUAAAUCAAAGUACAAAUCCCCCCACAUAAUUAUGAGUGUCGCGCGGGGCGGCAACGCGGGCAGCACAACGCUGGAUCUGGAGCCACUGCUGGACGCCAGCCAUGACGACAGCGAUGCGGAUAAUCAGAAAGGAGGCGCAACGGGCGGAGGUGCCAUGCUGAAUGGCUCCUCCUCGAAGGAGUCUCGCGUCGGCAGUGUGGGGCACCGGGAGAGAGAGCGCGAGCGGGACGAGUCGGCCGUGUUCAUUAAGAAAAUCAGCAGCGCGUUGUUCUACGGACUGUCGUCGUUCAUGAUAACCGUGAUUAACAAGACAGUGCUCACGUCCUAUCACUUUCCGUCGUUCCUCUUCCUAAGCCUGGGCCAGCUGACCGCCAGCAUAGUGGUCCUGGGCGUGGGCAAGCGCCUCAAGCUGGUCUCGUUCCCGCCGCUGCAACGCAACACCUUCGCCAAGAUAUUUCCACUGCCGCUCAUCUUUCUGGGCAACAUGAUGUUCGGCCUGGGCGGCACCCAGUCCCUCAGUCUGCCCAUGUUCGCGGCCCUGCGCCGCUUCUCCAUACUGAUGACCAUGCUGCUGGAGCUCAAGAUACUCGGCUUGCGACCCACGACGGCGGUGCAGGUCAGCGUGUACGCGAUGAUUGGCGGGGCUCUGGUGGCCGCCUCCGAUGACCUGUCCUUCAACAUGCGCGGCUACAUAUACGUGAUGAUCACGAACGCCCUGACCGCCUCGAACGGGGUGUAUGUGAAGAAGAAGCUAGACACGUCGGAGAUCGGCAAGUACGGACUGAUGUUCUACAAUUCGCUGUUCAUGUUUCUGCCAGCGCUGGCCCUCAACUUUUUCACCGGCGACCUGGAGCAGGCCAUCAACUUUAGCGAGUGGCACGACCCCGUCUUUCUGACACAGUUCCUGCUCAGCUGCGUCAUGGGAUUCAUACUCUCGUACAGCACCAUAUUGUGCACGCAGUUCAACUCGGCGCUGACGACCACCAUUGUGGGGUGUUUGAAGAACAUCUGCGUGACCUAUCUGGGCAUGUUCAUUGGCGGCGACUAUGUCUUCUCGUGGCUCAACUGUAUCGGCAUCAAUAUCAGUGUGCUGGCCAGUCUUCUCUACACGUACGUGACGUUCCGCCGGAAACGGGCGCCGGAUAAGCAGAGCCACUUGCCCAGCAGCAACCGCGCCGAGAAUGUUUAGCUUCCUCCUACAGCUUUAGCUCCAACUCAAGCCAAAGCCAUACACAUAAUAUAUAUGUUUAGCGUAUUUCCGUAUCCCUUAUCCCACACGCACACACACACACACCAGCGCAUCGUCUCUGUACAUAUAUAUAUACAUAGUAUAGUAUAUAGUGUAUAUGUAAACAUGUGUAGUUACUAAUUAGCAAUUAUGUAAUUUUAAUCACUUUGUACAUUUUUCCAUGCAAUUGUUCUCUGCAUCAAGAGUGUCAUAAGUAAAUAGAAACUAUACACAGACAACCAAUAGCGAGUUCUUCUCCCACGUCUCGUCUCGCAGCGGAAAAGUGUGGAAAGAUAAGUGCCCGUCCCAUUGCUGCGAAUGAUUAGAUUGCUUCCGCACGAUAAGAAUCAUUUUAAGAACAGAAACUACCCACAUGUGCGCCACAUGUUAUUUCUGCAUUGGAAGAUUCUUUACAUUUUUACGUUUAUCUUUUCUGCGCAAACAAACUUCCCAAAAAGCUUUGGGAUAUAAAUGCUGCAGUGCUGGUCACUCCAGCAGCGUCAUCACUCAUCAAGUCGGCGUAUAAAUUAACAGCAGAAUAAUAUAAUAAUGCUUAAAGCUGUUGGCUAUCGAA